CAAAUUUAAGUUGAAUCUUGCACUACCUACAUUUUCCUUGGGACACAGUAGGUAGCGCGGGCAAAAUGACGCUCGCUAAUUUCGAGAGCGGACACCAAGACAUGGUGCACGAUGCGCAGCUAGACUACUACGGACGAAGGCUCGCGACCUGCUCUUCUGAUAGGACCGUCAAGGUGUUUGACAUCGUCGGAGAUCACCACACUCACCUCGCGGACUUGCGGGGACACGAAGGCCCCGUCUGGCAGGUCUCGUGGGGACAUCCAAAGUUUGGCUCCAUUCUGGCGUCCUGCUCCUUCGACCACCGGGUUAUCGUCUGGAAGGAGGCGCAGGGCAACCAAUGGCAGCAGGCGUACAUUACGCCGGGGAACCUCCACACGGCCUCGGUGAACAGCAUUUGCUGGGCACCCUACGAGCUGGGCCUGAUCCUCGCGUGCGCCUCCAGCGACGGAACUGUGUCGUUGAUAGAGUACAAGGCGGAUGGGACGUGGGAGACCACCAAGCUACCGGGCGGCCACAGCGUGGGCUGCACCGCCGUCAGCUGGGCGCCGUCCACCGCGCCCGGCUCCCUGGUCAGCAGCAAGCAGCCAGCGGCGGGGCCAGUGAAGCGGCUAGUGACGUCGGGGUGCGACAACCUCAUCAAGGUAUGGCGGUACGGCGAGCUGGGCUGGGCGGAGGAGGAGGCGCUGUCGGGCCACAACGACUGGGUGCGCGACGCGGCGUGGGCGCCCAGCCUGGGCCUGCCCAAGAACACCAUUGCCAGCGCCGGCCAGGACGGCCAGGUGUUUGUGUUCAGCGAGCGCCCCGGCGGCGGCUGGGACCGCAAGCUGGUGCACGACUUCAAGGUGCCGGUGUGGCGCGUGAGCUGGUCCACCACCGGCUCCAUCCUGGCGGUGUCGGACGGCAACAACGCGGUCACGCUGUGGAAGGAGUCGACCGACGGCGUGUGGCAGCAGAUCACGCAAUGAUAGCGGCGCUCUUGCCAGGAGUGCGGGAGCGGUAGGCUGGGGAUUAGCAUGCAUAUUGUUUAAGGCGGCGUUGAGUUCCAGGGUUGGGCACGGGGUCAAGGCCGGGUGGGCGGAAGGGCGCAGAAGCGUUAGCGCGUUCGGGCCGGCUGGAGCGGUAUGAGCGGUUGAGCCGCGUGCACAGAUUUUAGCACAUUACAUCAUAAUGAGGUUGCUUUGGGGGCCUGACUUGGGAGCGGGUAGGACAGCUUGACUGCAUAACGCAUGAGACAGCAGCGAAGACAUGGACUUGCCACGUGCGUGGUACCAGUAGCAGUGUACGUGUGCGUGGCCGUGGUUCCGGCGGUACAUCACCGUCGCGAUUGCACACGAACUCACCACGUGAUGGUGUUGGCAACGUACGUCUGUAUGAGUGGCCGCAAGAGGCUCUGAGUGUAAGUUUAAAAGGAGUG